AUAUAUGCACUCCCACAGGGUAUAAAUUCCUAAAUCCAGCUUUGCCACAGCAUAGGAGCCCUAAAAUCUUCCCCUCCCCCAAACUCCCAGUGAAGCCACAUAGCUCUGACCCAAAGGGCACAAGGAGGCUGCUUGGCACCAGGCUGGGGCAGAGACCACCACUGUGAUUUGCUGCAGAGCCUCAGCUUUGGAGAGCAGCAGCAGGGCUGAGCUUGGGGCCGGCACACCCUUCCCAUGCAAACCGCCCUGCCCAGGGCAUGACCUUGCUAUGACACGUGCCCAAGUGUGAGGCUUGGGGCUCUGCCUGGGGAAGGAUGACCAGAGAGGAAAAAAGACAGUGCCUCUCCCAGCUGGCAAAUAAGCCUGCUGGAAAUAGCAUGACCGGGACGAGAAACUGCAGUGAUGCGCAAAGAGAAACCAUGCAGGAGAGAAUGAAAGAUGCAGAAGUUUGGGAGAGAGCAUGGGCUGCCAGGUGAAGGGCUGAUGAGGGCUAACACAGGGGAUAAGCAGACACGGAAGAAUCCUGCACCAUUGCACCCUUAGAUGCUUGGGGUGGGAUGCUCCCCUUCUGCCUUACUCACCCUUUGCAGAGAGCACAAUCCAUUCUGGAAGACAAAAGGCAAGGGGGCGAAAAAAAGGGAAAUGAACCACCUAGGAAAGAGUUAAGAGGCACCGCAACCCAAGCCGGUCUGCAAUGUGCCCAAAGCCAGGGAGGGAAAGGGAGGGGGAGGAGAGGGGAUGGAGCAGGUCCAAUCCCAGACCGUGCACCCUGCCAGCACUCAGCAGCCACUGCCAAGCGCGGGCUCUUAAAGCCAUGGGCCCCGGAGGCUGGCUCUGCAGACAGAGGGCAGCCAGCAAGCAGGGGGGCUGGGGAGCACAGCGGGGAGCCCUCAGCAUCCAGGCAGCUCUACUCCAGACCUUUUGCAAGAGUCUGCUGUCCUGAAAGAUCAGCCACCUCUUUGGGCAAGGUGCUGAGGUUUGGCUCUCCUCCCGUGACAGAAAGGAAGAGAGGAGCUGAGACACAGCUGAGCAUCGGAACUGGAAUUGGAAUAGCGCUGGAAAAGGCUGCCCAGAGAGGUGGUGGAUGCUCUGUCCCUGGAGACAUCCAAGGAGAGAAAGGAGACCGAGGAGAGCCUGGGAUGCCAGGGAAAUGGGGCAAGGAAGGGCCACGUGGAGAGCGGGGUGCCCAGGGCCAGAAAGGCAGCAAAGGACAGAUGGGCACAGCAGGAGAUCCCUGCAAGCACCAGUAUGCUGCAUUCUCUGUUGGCCGCAAGAAAGCACUGCACAGCAGCGAGGGCUUCCAGGUCUUGAUCUUUGACACCGUCUUUGUCAACCUCUACAGUCACUUUGACAUGUUCAAUGGCAAGUUCUACUGCUCUGUGGCUGGCCUUUACUAUUUCAGCCUCAAUGUCCACACCUGGAACUUCAAGGAGACCUACAUGCACAUCAUGCACAAUGAAGAAGAGGCAGUCAUCUUGUAUUCCCAACCCAGUGACCGCAGCAUCAUGCAGAGCCAGAGCCUCAUGCUGGAUCUUCAGGAAAAUGAUGAGGUCUGGGUGAGGCUCUACAAGCGGGAGCGGGAGAAUGCCAUUUACAGUGAUGAUGUUGAUGUGUACAUCACCUUCAACGGGUAUCUGGUCAAGCCAAGCCUUGACUAAUUGCCUCUCCUCCUUUCCAAAGCCUCCCUGGCCUUCUUCCUCUCUCUUUCUCUUUGUAUUGCCCGCAACCACUGCAAAUCUCUUGGAAAUGGGCCUGUGAAGUCUCCGGCACUGAGUGUGAAACUUGCUGCACUGGCUCCCACCUCACGCUCUCUCACAGUCAGACCUGUAGCUGUGCGUUUACAGCAUGACACUAUUGUCUCUCACACCUCACCUCGUGACCCCAGCUUAAGUGACUGGCUUGUUCUAAAUCCACAAGUAGGACGUGGCUGGCUUUUAGGGUCUUAAAGUGGGAGGAAAACUAAGAUUUUGCUCCUGGGAGUGUGUCCUUCCUUGGGGUUUCCUACACAAAGGACUCCCAUAGAAAGGGCUAGAAAGUCCUCGUUGCCCAGGUGCAUGCUGGCUCCUCUCUGUCCUGACUGGACAUGCCGGUUUUGCAGCCUGCAACAUGGCCCUAAUGCCAGCAUUCACACCUGUAGUCUGGAGAGCAGACUGCGGCCUAUUGGCCUUCUGUAGCGCAGAGGAAGAGGUAGGAGUGGUGGGAGAUGAUACUGUCUUUCCAAAAAAGGGUCUGUUGGCCUUCCUGUUAUGUCAUUGGCUUUCCGUAAACACCAUUCUGGGUCUCAAAGCCCUCAAGUUAUGGCCCAGGCUCCCGGGUCCUGUGGUCCUUCCCCAGGCUGGUUGUAAAACUGUGGCCUGGUGGGACAGUCCUCCAUUGUGCCAGCUCUAGCUCUUCUGAGAGGUAGCAGGCUGGACACUCAGCCAGAUAAUUCAGAGAUAUCUGCUGUUGAAUGAGCAGAGCCCACCGCUCUGUUCCCACUAAACCAUAAACACAGAACAAGAGAGAACCCUACAAACCUCCCUCCCAAACCUGCUGGGUGCCACUUGGUCUCGGUUCCCCAGCUGUGGGAAGCCAGCCCAGUCCAGAAGGGGCUUUUCCUUUCCCAACUGCAUUUUGGUGAACCUGUUUCUGCUCAUUUCUGUGACAGAGGUGCACCCUUUGGUAUCAGUGGCAUGGCCCUGGCUCCUGCAUGCCAUUAUGUCAGUCCUCCUGAAGGUGGUUCUCUCACAUUGGUGUUGAGGGACUGCUGUUUCACAACAUGAGCUGUAGGCUGCAAGGCCAAUUGCAGUUAAACCACAGUUUCCAGACCUGGAUGUGCUGGCAUCUCGUUGCCUCUGUGAUGGAAAAAAAAAAACUAGAGGCAAAACAGUGGUGUGAAAGGAAGCGAGACUUCAGCAACUCAACCCAUAUUGAAAGCUUCCCUGCCACAUGUUCUGUGCCCUUUUCUGGCAAUCUCAUUAGAGCAACUGAGAAAAACAUGUAGCUAAAACAAACCCUCGCUCUCCUUGUCAGGUUGGAGAUGUUGCAGUGGGAAAGGAUGCCAGUAGCAGGAUAUUCUAGUACCAUUUAUACUGGCCUGACACUGCCCUCACUCACAUUCCUCUGGGGAUGCGAGGCUGACUCAGCACUUUGGGAAAAUCACUUCCAUGUGUUGUGAGGCUGCCAUAAACAGCAGUGCCAAGAGUUGUCUCUUUUUUGAGUCUCAGGACAGGACAAGCAGGAGAAACUGUAUUUCUCUGCUGCCCAUCAUUGAUGACGAAGUCUUCUGACUUACACUUCCGCAGUCUCAUGGUUAGCCAUGGUCUCUUUCUGUAGUACUGCGACUAUCAGAGAUCUCCCAUUGGAGAUACAAAUCAAAUUAUUAUAUUAGGACUCAAUCAGGUACACUCAGCCCAGGCUGGCAAAGGUGCAGGAACACAGGUUAACUAUUGAAAGUGCUUGAGAGAAUUGCAGGACAUUUUCUCUCUUGCCUUGCUUACUUACCGUCCCUGCUCUGCUAAGGAAGCUGUGCAGACUGGAAUGAAUUUCAAGCACUUUCUGGCCCCUGAUCCUCCCCACUGUUGUCACUGAUGCAAUGUGUGUAAUAACAAGGUUUCACCAAGGUAAAGCUGGGUCUUUCCCAGGGAACCACAUGAUAAUAGGAUCAUGGGAAUGGAAGGAAACUGAGCUUCUUCCUCUCCCUUAGCAGGACAAGUAUAUGAAACUGCUCAGAGACAGAAUUACAGGCAGUACAGAGGAAGAAGCAUGCUGGAGGUGAUGCUCAGGACUGAAUCCCUUUCUGUCUUCCUAAGCCACAGGCUGCAAACCCAAGUAUUGUGUAUUUACAGUGUAUAGUGCCCCAUGUCUUCCUGAAGAGAAGCAAGCAUCUCUAACACUGAAUAUCUCCAGAAACAAGCUUCUGUUUUCCUCCUUUUCUGUUUGUUUGUUUUUUUAGAUUCCAGCGGUAAAUCUCACAUGUUACUCAUGAGCAUCCAGAUGGUGCUUGAUGCAUGUGGUAGAGGAGGGCAGGGGGACCAAAGGGUAUGUUUAACGGGCUUCUUGGUGCUAAACAAGAUGGCAAUCCCUUGGUGCUAAAUAAGUUUUCAGAAGUUUUGGGUGCUUUCUGGAAGGUGUAGUAGGCUGAGUUGUAACGUACUGUGGAAUUAAUGGUGCUUUAUGUUAUAAAAACAAGCUCCAAGAACUUUUGUGUGUAUAUAUAUAUAUAAUUUUAGUGAUAUUAAACUUUUUUCC